AAAGUGGAAUUGAAUGACUUGUUCUUUUAUGGAAGAAUUAAGUAUCCAAUUACAUUUAAACAUUUAUUGUUUGCAUUAUAUCUACCAUUUGCCUUAUUACUUUGGCCAAUUAGAUUGAUGUACAAUGUUAUAUUGUUCACAUUCUUAUUGUUCAUGCCACAUUGGAUGAGACCAAUAACCAAACCAUUGUUGGCAUUUGGUCUGGGCAUCAUUACCAACAUCAAAGACAAGCAUAACCUGCCUGGCAAACAUAAUCCCAACAGUGGCCGAAUCAUCGUAUCCAAUCACUUGACCGACUAUGACCCGCACACAAUGUACACCGUCCUCGAGGACUACCAUGUCGUGGUGAAGGACCUGUUUGCCAGUGUACCGCUCGUUGGAAAGGUGUACAGAAAGAUGGGCGCCAUCUUUGUCGACUACUCCAACCGCGACACAGCCCGCCAGCAGAUCACCGGCGCACUCAGCAAGACCGAGCAUCCAGUGAUCAUCUAUCCCGAGGGUGGUCUGACCAAUGGCAAGUCCGGCAUGCUGAUGUUCCAGAAGUUUGUCUUUAGUCUUGGACUGGGCAUCACGCCAAUCUCAAUGCGCUACACAUCGCAAUGGCCAAUCCAUGUGGACUACAUCGGCAGCACAUUCCUAAAGAACACAUUCUGGUGGUUGAUCGUGCCCUAUCAUACUUAUGAGAUGAAGGUGUUCCCGACCGAGUACAUCAGAGAAGGUGAGACCGAUGUAGAGUUUGCCAAGCGUGUCCAGACCAUGAUUGCCAAUGACCUUGGUCUUGAACCAACCGACAUCCCAAUGUUCAAAAAGAGGGAGUUGUUCAAUCAAAUCGUCGCAGCAAGGUCAGCUAAAAAGGAU